CCAUGGCGCUCGCCGGGCGGCACGACGCGCCCGAGCCGCCGGACUUCGGGAUCCUGAAGCGGCUGGCGCGAGACCAGCUCGUCUACCUGUUGGAGCAGGUACCGCGGGGUCCGCUCGGGCUGGGCCUGCCCGCCGCAUUCGCCCGCGCCCAACCCGGCCCUGUCCCCGCAGCAGCACGACGUGGACAAGCUCUACAAGGUGGAGACGCGGCCGGGCCCCGGCGCUAGCGACCAGUUCUGCUUCCUGGUACGGCCGCGGGUCAGGACCAUGAGGUUCAUCGCGGAUAUUGUCAACGCUGACAAGAUGUCAGGGAGGAGUAGGAAGUACAAAAUCAUCUUCAGCCCCCAGAAGUUCUAUGCUUGUGAGAUGGUGCUGGAGGAAGAGGGUGUCUUUGGUGAUGUCACCUGUGAUGAAUGGUCCUUCUACCUACUGCCUCUGGAUGAAGACAUCAUCAGCAUGGAGCUGCCCGAGUUCUUCCGUGACUACUUUUUGGAGGGAGAUCACCGCUGGAUCAACCCCAUCGCCAGAGCCCUGCAAUUGCUGAACUCCCUUUAUGGCCCUUUUGGGAAGACGUAUGGCAUCGGCCGCUGUGCUAAGAUGAGCUACGAGCUGUGGCGGGACCUGGAGGAGGAGAAUGAGAGUGAAGGCCAGGGUAGGAAGCCUGAGAUUGGACACGUCUUCCUCACAGACAGAGACAUGGACUAUGUGACAGCACUCUGCUCCCAAGUGGUCUACGAGGGGAUCGUGGAUGACACCUUCCGCAUCAAGUGUGGCAGCGUGGAUUUUGGGCCAGAUGUCACCUCUUCUGAUAAGAGUAUUAAGGUGCUGCUCAAUUCCCAGGACAAAGUAUUCAGCCAGAUUCGCAAUGAGCACUUCUCCAGCGUGUUUGGUCUCCUGAGCCAGAAGUCACGGAACCUGCAGGCACAGUACGAUCGGCGCCGAGGCAUGGACAUCAAGCAGAUGAAGGACUUUGUGUCCCAGGAGCUGAAGGGACUGAAGCAGGAGCAUCGCCUGCUGAGCCUACAUAUCGGUGCCUGUGAGUUUAUCAUGAAAAAGAAAACCAAGCAGGACUUCCAAGAGACCAUCAAGGCAGAACACUCACUGCUGGAGGGCUUUGACAUUCGUGAGAGCACCAGCUUCAUCGAAGAGCACAUUGACCGGCAGGUGAGACCCUGGGGAUGCAGCCUGCUCCAGCUGACCCAUCCUGCCCCUGCUGAUCCCUGCUCCCCACAGGUGUCCCCCAUCGAGAGCCUGCGCCUCAUGUGCCUCCUGUCCAUCACAGAAAAUGGUCUGAUCCCCAAGGACUACCGCUCUCUGAAAACCCAGUACCUGCAGAGCUACGGGCCUGAGCACUUGCUGACCUUCCACAACCUCAAGCGCAUUGGGCUGCUGACAGAGCAGUCAGCUGGGGAGACUCUGACGGCCGUGGAGAGCAAAGUCAGCAAGCUGGUGACAGACCGUGCUGCAGGAAAGAUCACAGAUGCAUUUAAUUCGUUGGCCAGGAAGAGUAAUUUCCGAGCCAUAAGCAAGAAGCUGGGGUUGAUCCCUCGGCUGGAUGGCGAGUAUGACCUCAAAAUGCCUCGGGACAUGGCAUAUGUUUUUGGUGGGGCUUACAUGCCCCUGAGUUGCAAGAUCAUUGAGCAGGUGCUGGAGCGCCGGGGCUGGCAGGGCCUCGAGGAGGUCGUGCGACUGCUCAAUGGCAACGAGUUCUCUGCCUCAGGUAGUGCUGGCGGGCUGGGGGCAUUGGGGCUGGCGGCUGGCACGUCCUACAGCGCUCUUCCCUAUCCAGACAGCACUGUGGAGGACAACCCUGCCUGGGAGUCCCAGCGUGUUGUGCUCGCUGUCUUCCUGGGGGGCUGCACCUUCUCUGAGAUUGCAGCUCUCCGCUUCCUGGGGAAGGAGAGAGGUGGGAAGGGAAAGGGAAGGGCACAGGUGGGAGCACGGGGAUCCUGGCGGUGCAGCCAAGCCGUGCUCAGUAACCAGCACCAGCUGAGCCGUGGGGAGGGGGUGUCAAGGCACACGGCUAUCCUGGGAAGUGGGCGGGGACGGGGCUGGGAGUGUCAGUGCUACCCCACAGCACUGCUGGGGCACUGACGGCCUUUCCUGUAGGGUGCAAGUUCAUCUUCCUGACCACGGCCAUCACCAACAGCGCCCGCAUGAUGGAGGCCAUGAUCGAAGCCAAGGCCUGAGCCCCGGAGGGGCCGAGGGAAGCGUGCCAGUAAAAUCUGUGCUGACAACGAA